GACACUGGCAGGAAACAGAUAGGAAGCUUUCCAAAUGUUUUACUGGUCUAACUUGCUUAGCAUGGCUUAGUGAAGCAUUCACCUUGUCUACACAGGAUGGAAGCUUUGACGUUCUGCAUUCUUCCAUGAUAUGAACUGAGGACAUGCUGAGAUAUCGCACCAUCUAAAAUGUGAUGGAUCCUCCUCAAAGGCAAAGUGGAACAAUCCAGAGACAAGACGCAAGUGUUUCAGAUGCCCCCAAACCUCUUACUGAGGAUUUACAUGAAACACACACUUACGACUACCUUGACAUCUUUCCUGAAGAUAAUGUGGAACCUAUAUAUGAGAGCACCUUGGAUGGGCUCAUAGCCCCACCUAACUCCCAACCCAAACCGCCGGACCAGCCAUGGGGUCAUGGAAGAGUAGAUCCUGGGAAUACACACCACCAAAGCGCAAAUGGGCCUCCCCUUCCACUCCGUAACAGGCUAUCUAGUUGUCCUAUCGCAUGUUUGCCAGGUAGACGAGAACCCCCUCCUGUUCCCCCCAGGACACGAGCACCCCUCAGCAAAAAGAUGUUUUCCUUCGACCACAGUGAGCCUGUUGAAAAACUGAUCCGUUCUAGGACAGAAGCAGAUAAUCAUGACCCAUGGACCAUCAAACUAAUAGACACUCCUCAAGGCAGCACCAAGAGUCUGGCUUUGUUUUGUGCUGCAACUUCCAAGUUAAUGUCAAGGUAUAAGCACACAGACAGCGUUCAUAACUCGGGUAUGGUAUGCGGUCGAUUGUUAUACAUCCACCCUGCCCUGCUGCAGCAGGUGGAGGUAAAUGUCACUGUGGCCACUGACUGGGACGAUCACCAGAUCCCUUUCCCCACCACAGUGAACAAGACAGUGAAGAGUCUGAUUGAUGAACUCUUCCAGCUGCUGGAUGUCACUCCCAGAACAAGUGGGCAGUAUGUUUUGAAACUGUGUGAUUCUGAGGAAUAUCUCCAAAAUGAAGCACUGCUGGGUAUGCAUGAGACUAUUCAGAAGUACAUCAAGUUUAAACUAAAAGUGCCCCUCCGACUGCUCCACUUGAACAACGUCAAACACCGUCUGGUUAGGGAUGGGGAAGAUGACAAACCCUCAUGCCAACUGUUCCAGCUCCUGCGCCCUGGCUGUGUCUUCAACACCUGCAAGUUUAGUCUGCAGGAGGUGUUCAGAAGCUACAGCAGAGAGGUGACAGAUCUGAUGAGAUGUAAGUCUGGGAUGAACGUUAAUGUGCUCGUGGGCUGUGUUCGCACCAUCAGCAAUCUUCUGUGUGGGCUCUCGUGUCAGGAGUUGGAGGACACUAUUGGCAGGCUCAACCGUAUAAUUCCCAUACCUCUGAGUCAUGAUGAGAUGUCUGAGUGUGAAACUGCCAUGAUCAUGCUCCAUGGCGCACUGCAGAAAGUGCUGCAGAUCUUUUUUGACAACUUCCAUUCAGACUUCAGAGGCGAGGAGGUAACCAGAACCCCACAAAUACAUGACGUGGAUGAUAACUCUGAAAUCUUACAGUUUAGUAUCGCUGCUCUCUACAAACUGCAACUCUCUUGGAUGACCGGUUAUGAGUUCUUCUCUGUUUCCUGUGAGUUGACGUAUGGAGGAACAAAGAUCUGUGACACUGGUAUUUCUGAGAACAUCAGCACGGCCUUAUCGUUCGGAAACAAGAUCCAGUGUAACCGUAUGAUGGUGUUCCCUGUUCCAGUAAAUCAGCUGCCAUAUGAGACCAUGAUGACAUUUCGCCUCAAGGGCUCCAAGCGUGGCAAGAAUGCCGAGCUUUUAGGCUGGGCUGUACUACCUCUUUACAGCAACCAGACUCUGGUGAAUGGGACCGUUCUGCUCAGUAUGUCCACACUGGCUGAGCUUGCUGCUCCUCCCUCUCCUGCCCUGUUUGACAGUCACAGACAGCCCAUCGGGGUCAUACUGCAGCUCCAGUUUCAGGAUCAUUUUGAGUGGAAGUAUCAGAGACCCAUCGCACUGCCGGGUUCAGUCAUAUUUACUCAUCCUUGUGAGGAUUUGCAAAAAAAAAUGCUGGAUGUCUCUAGGAAGCACUGCCUCUGCUUUCUAACACAAAAUGAGAAGGCUUUCCUCUGGAGUAAGCGUUACUGUAGUGAGAAAGCUAGUACUUUCCUCCACCUCCUGGUGGGUGCAGUCCCCCGGUGGCAGCCUGAAGACUUGACAGAAAUCUACACAAUUGUAGAGAACUGGCCCAUCCAUCUACCUGAAGAGGCCCUCUUCCUGCUCAGUGACAGUGUUCAUGAUCAGACUGUGCGGAGGGCUGCAGUUCACUACUUUGAACAGAUACCAGAUGGAGAGCUAGAUUUGUUUCUGCCACAGUUGGUCCAGGCUCUGAAGAGUGAGUGGGAGUUGGAUGGACCUCUGGUGAUGCUGCUGUUGGAGAGAUCACUGAAGAACAUUCAGAUUGCCCAGCAACUCUACUGGCUGCUGGAGGAUGCCCACACUGACCCCUACUACCAGAGCUGGUUCAGUAAGGUUCAGGCUGCACUGCGGCACUGUUGCGGCAAGGCACUGAGGCAGGAGCUGGAACAUGAAACCCGCCUGGUGUCUGUGCUUGUACACGUGGCGGAGAAGGUUCGCACUGCUGAAAAGACUCGACGCAAGAAUGUUUUGAUGAAAGAAAAGCAGAAGAUUGAUGACUUCUUCAGAAAUGGGAUCAGCUGUUGUCUGCCACUGGAUCCUGCAGUCCGUGUAAAGGCAUUGGACGUGGAUGCCUGUAAGUUCUACAACUCCAAUGCUGCUCCUCUGGGGAUCUCAUUCAUCUGCACUGACCCUCUGGCCAACAAUGUCAGUGUCAUCUGCAAGACAGGAGAUAACCUGCGUCAGGACAUGCUGGUACUUCAGAUAGUCCGUGUGAUGGACAGGAUUUGGCUCCAGGAGGGGCUGGACCUCCGAAUGAUCACCUACAGGUGUCUUUCUACGGGACGAGCUCAAGGCCUGGUGGAGGUGGUUCCAGAGGCAGUGACCCUUGGGACGAUUCAGCAGGAGUGGGGUCUGGGUGGCACCCUUCGAAAAGACACACUAGAGAAAUGGUUCCACAUGUGGAACAAAACUAAGGAGGACUAUGAGGAGGCUGUGAUGAACUUCAUCCACUCGUGUGCAGGGUGGUGCGUGGCCACCUUCAUCCUGGGGAUCUGUGACCGCCACAAUGACAACAUCAUGUUGAAACACAGUGGACACAUGUUUCACAUCGACUUCGGCAAGAUUAUGGGCAAUGCACAGAAAUUUGGAAACUUUAAAAGGGACCGAUCACCGUUCAUCUAUACAUCUGAGAUGCAACACUUUAUCUCAUGCGGGGGGAAGAAGCCUCAGCGUUUGCAUCGCUUUGUGGAGCUCUGCUGUGAAGCUUACAACAUAAUCAGACAGCGCUCUGCACUCAUACUCAGCUUGUUGGAGCUGAUGCUGCAUGCAGGGAUGCCAGAACUGAAGGACUCUAAUGACCUGCAAUAUGUCCAGAACAACCUCCGACCUCGUGACACAGACCUGGAAGCCACAUCCUACUUUACAAAGAAGAUCAAGGAAAGCAUGGGCUGUGUUGCAGUCAAAUUUAACUUCCUGACACACAGCAUAGCUCAAGGGAAGAAACAGGAACCACUUACCAAGAACGGCAUUCCUGCUCCCAGCACCAACAUCCAAGAGGCAGUCAUCCAGGGAUACACCAUCAGGGGAAAAGAUGUGAUCUAUGACCUGAGAGUAACCAUUCAUGAUGGGUAUCUGAACAGUGAGAAGACAUUUGGGCAGUUUGAGCUGAUCCAUAAGCAGCUGCAGAAAUACUUUAUUGAAUCUACACUGCCUCAGUUUCCUGGCUGGUAUAAGAUGUCAUUCACCCCAGGCAAGAGGGUGACUCAGCUGAAUAAAUACCUGGAGCAGCUUUUUGAGGGACCAUGCAAGGGAAAUGAAUACGUGUGCAGCUUGUUCCUGGAUGGCCCCAACAUAGUCCAAGAACCUGUGGUGACAGGAGCCCGUCCUCAGAUCCAGCUCUACAUUUCUCACUCUGACUGCAAGCUCUCAGUCAUGGUAAAACACCUGAAGAACAUUAAGCAGGCAAACGGCUCUAACCCCGAUGCCUACGUGGUCACGCGUCUGAGACCAGACCCUAAGCAGCGCUCCAAGAAGAAGACAAAGGUGGUCCGCAAUGAUGACAACCCCACCUUCAAUGAACUGAUGGAGUACAAUGUCCCACUGCUUUAUGGGAUGGUGCUGGAAGUGACAGUGAAGAGCAAGAAGACUUUUGUGGCUGCAACCAACAUUAAACUGGAGAAGGAGUUGCUUGACAAGGAGGCCUGGUUUAACCUCGGGAACUGUGCAAUCUGACCUCAGAGAGCUGCACUGUAGGCCUGCUGCCAGAAGGGGGUGCAACCACACUUAGGGAAAGAAUCAGUCCAAAGAUUUCUCAGACUGUAUGAGUGAGAUAAACUCACCUGAGUAGAGGAACUGAGCACUCUCAUUUAUACCUAUUUAUCAGAUGUAAAUUAACUUCACUCCAGAGCUAAAUAUGCUGGCAGUGGAUGAUAUAUUUGGAUGAAGUUACAAAGCUGAGUAAAAGACUCAGGAAGGAGACUGUUUACUAUGUGAAGUAUCAUUUAUUAUUAGUUGUUUAUUAUUAAAUUGCGAUCAGAUGAAGGACAUUUGCUAAUUAAUCCAAUGUUUGGAUUUGGCCACGAUUAUGGAUGAAGGAAAGAAACUAUUACUUGUAUUAUCAUACAUGCACCUUUGUUUGUACUGUGUUUCUUCUUCUUCUUCUUCUUCUUCUUCUUCUUCUCUGCGAGUCAAAACCGUAAACGUGUGUGGUCGAGACUGUCGAUGUGACAGAUUAAAGAGGAGGUGUGGCCGUGAUGUUAGGAGCUGCCUGCCUGAUACCUGCCCAGACUCUGUGUGUGUGUGUGUGUGUGUGUGUGUGUGUGUGUGUGUGUGUGUGUGUGUGUGUGUGUGUGUGUGUGUGUGUGUGUGUGUGUGUGUGUGUGUGUGUCCCUUUGGGCUAUGUCAACUGGAUGUCCUUGACCAGUGGAAUUGGAGGUGGGAGGCCGGAGGGUGAGUGAGCAGGGGGAGAGGGGUGAGGUAGAGUGUGUGAGCAGGAUGACAACUCUGCCUCUCUGGCCUGAGGGGCUGAGUUAACACUCUGCCCCUCACUCCAUCCUUUGUCUUAUCCAUCAGUGGCAUUCAGCUAUGCACAUGCAUGCACAAACACGCAAAGGGAGACGCCCACAUGCUCACACAAAUACCACUGAAAAAGCACCUCCUCACACACACACACACACACACACACACACACACAGGCUCACACUCUUUCUAGGCUUAGGCAGGUUGUCACGUUAUCUUAAUGCCAUCCUCCUCCUGACAGGCCUGCUGACCCGUGCUCUCCUCCGCCUCAUUCAUAGGAUUUAGUGAUGAACGAGGAUAGAAAUAGACUUCCCCACACUGGAUUUGGUUUAAUAAUGUAUACCUCUGUGAAUGCUAUUUAUAUUUUUCCUUGCUGGGUAUCUCACAGUGAAAAUGCUGGCUGCUACUCUUUCAUAGUAGUAUUCAUGUUGUAUUAAUGUAUCCUGGCAUCACUCAUCAGUUUCAGACCUAAUAGACGUAUUGUAUCUUUUGUUUUGGAACACAUGAUUAAUCCAAAACCAACACUGUUUCUUGUGGUUGGGUAAGAUCAUCUUAUGUGUGUUCAACUCUACCACAAUAAUUGCACUUGCAUCAAUUAUUAAUUCUAUGAUAAGAAUCUAAUAUCCUGCUCUGGGGAUUUCUCCAGCUGGGAGUUAUUCUUCGUCAGUCUUUUCAGUGCUGCUGGAACCUUCUGGAACCUUUUUUCCUCUGCAGCACAGAGCGCAGGCAGUAGAGAAAAGGCACAUCUAUUUUCUGACAAUAAAACUGGUAUUUAUAUCUGAGGAAA